GAAAUAUAAAUUUUGGCAAUCGUGUUAUAAUCAAAAACGUCAACAAACAGACAAAUCCCUCUGUUACUUCGUAAUUUAUUAUUUCGUAUUAGUACUGUUACAUUGAUUAUAUUUUAGAAACGAAAAAAUAAUUGCUUGACUUAAUUGACUUUGGUCUUAUAAUUUUUGAAUUUUCCAUAAUAAGUUAUUGGUCUCUUAAAAACGUAAGUUUCGGUAUUUGGAAUGCAUAACGUUAGAUGUUACCAUCUUCAUCAAAGAACUUAAAAUAUGCAAAUAAAUUAGUGUACAAAAGAAACUAAAAUAUGUGGAAUAAACUGUCUCAAGCUGCUGCCUUAGUCACUGGGGAGACUGAAGAGGAAAAGGAUACUACAAGUGAUAUUACCUCUGAAGAGAAAUUACAGCACCAAGACCUUCUCAUUCAACAAUUAAAGAAUUUAGUUCGAGAAAAUGAAAAAAGUUUCCAAGAAAAAACAAAGGAAUAUGAUGAACUAUCCACAAAGUUUGAUAAAUUUAAAUUGCAAUCUAAAGCAAAAAUCACUCAUUUAUCAAAGCAGAUUAAAGACCAAGAUAAAACACUUAAAAAAGAGGAUUGUGACUUUGAUGAUGCAUCAAGUUCUGACUCGUCGGAUAGGAGUCAUCGCGGCAAAGUUCUCCUCUUAAAAAAGCAGCUUGAUCAAGCCAAACAGCAUCUUGAGAAAAAAGAAGAAGAAUCCAAGUCUACCAUCUCUAGUUAUGAGAGAAGAAUCAGUGAUCUGGAAUCACAGUUAAAUGAGAAAAAUAUUUUAAUAUCUUCAAUUGCUGAUUCUAAUAUGUCAAUGCAACAAAAAACAGCUGAUAGUUCACCAAAAAAAGAUUCUAAUGUCCAAGAAAUGUAUGCACAGAUAGUUUACAAAGAUUCCAAAAUAUUGGAUCUGAAUAAUCAAAUAAUGGAAUUAGAAAAGAAAAUUAUGGAUUUGCAAGAAAACAUUAAGGAAAAGGAUGAGGUUUUGCAGCAACGAAAUAGAGCAGUUCAAUUAAUGGCUGAAGAUUUAAAUCGAAAAGGUCAAACCACUGUCAUUGAACUUGAUGAAACUCGUGAUCAAAUGAAAAUCAUGCAGCAAAAUUUUAGUUCAAUCGAAAGUGAUUGGAAAAUUCAACUUGAAAAACAUCAAAAAAAGAUCGAUGAUUUAGAAAAUGUUAUGAAUGAAUUGGAAUUGAAAUUAAAAACAAGUGAAGCUACAGUAAAAAAUCUAGAAUCUACUAGGUAUGAACUGUCUGUUAAAAAUGCUGAUUUGCAACAAAAAAUUGUCAAUGUUCAGGAAAGUGCUUCCAGACAGUGUGAACAAUUUAACAAAGAAAUCCAAGGUGAAAUUGAAGUAUUGAAAAAAGAUUUAGAUGUUGAGAAAAAGCAUAGUGCCGAGCUUCAGAAAACUUUGGAUGAGUAUAACGCUGAGUCUCAAAAUAAAAUUCUAAAAGCUCGAGUUGAAGAACGGAAAAAAGCAAAGAAAUUAGAGAGAGAAUUAAAUGAAUUAAAAAAUGAUGAACAAAAUUUAAAAGAAGUCAACGCAGCUGUACAACAGGAUUAUGAAAAAGUUUUAAUCAAAGCUGAAACUUAUGAAAAAGAAAUAAAAGAAUAUCAGUUGGAAAGUAAAAAAUGGGAAGCAAAAUAUGAAGCAUUGCAUUCUGAUUUUGUUACUAUCCAAGAAAAAUUCAAUAUAUUGAGUCAGGAACAUUUCAAAACUCAAGAAGAUAUGACAGCUUUACUUGAAGAUAAAAGAAGCAUUGAAUCUUAUCAUAAUGACUUAAAGGAAAAGUAUAGUAGUCUUGAAAAUAAAUAUAAUGAAAUGGCUCAAAAUCUACAGCAAGCAAAAGAUGAAAAAGUGGCUUAUGAACUUAAAGCAAUUGAACUUGAAGAAAUAAGAGAUAAGGAUGAGGAGCGCAAUAAAAGACUAGCAUCUAAAAUCGCAGACUUAGAAGAAACGUUAAAUGAUUCGAGUAGACCUUUCAUUCAGCUGGAGAAAGAAAAUUCAGAAAUUAAAGAUAACGUGCGGAUUUUAGAGCAAGAAAAACAUGAGCUGGAAAAAGAAAAGAAUGAAAUAACUUCAAAAAUUGCUUCAUUGGAGAUAAUACUUCAUGAAAAAGAAACUGAAUGGUCAAUGGAGAAGGAAAAAUCUGCUGCUGACAUUGCAGAUUUGAAAGUAAAACUGAAAGCAUCAGAAGAUAAUUUGGAUUCCAAAACUGCAUUCUUAGGAGAUUUAGAAAAAGAAAAGCAAAAUGUUGAAAAAGAUAUAUUGAUGAUUCUCAAUCUCUUUAAUGCUAAAGAUGUGAAAGGGCUUACAAGGGUAAAAGACAAUUAUGAGGCUAUCAUUCUUGAAAAAAAUAACUUAGUGUCAGAUUUGUCAGAAAAGAAUAACAUAAUUCAAGCUUUUACAACAAAUAAUCAGGAUUUACAAUUCUCUAUUGAUAACCUAAAAAGUAAAUUGGAUUCUUGUGAGUCUGAAUUAUUAGAAUCGAAAAACUCAAUUUCUGAGAAAAAUAGAGAAAAUCAUAAGAUGUUAUCAACAAUGCAAGACAAAGAUAACACAAUACAAGCUCAUGUGGAAAGUAAUAACCAUUUACAAUCAUGUCUUGACAAACUUAAAAAUGAAUUAUCUUCUUGUAAAUCUGAGAUUGAAGAUCUUAAAGCAGUUAUUCUGGAGAAAAAUGAUAUAAACAAUAAAUUAUCUUCUGAUUUAGAAAAUAAUUUAUUAAAUAUGAAGCAGUUAGAGGAAGUUUUAUUAGAAAAGGAAACACUUCUUUCAAAGUAUAGUGAGCAACAAAAUAUCUUGAAAGAGAGAUUGAAUGAAGCUGAAAUUUCAAUAAACUCUGAGAGUGAAAAAUCCAAAGAUAAAGUAAAAAUAUUUUUAGACCAAAUUUCAGAUUUAGAAAAAGAGUUAACUCUUUUGAGAGAAGAAUUAGAUUCUAAAAAUGAAGUCAUCACUGCUGUGAAUUCAGAACUCAAUGAGAUAUCAACAAAAAACAAAGACUUGCAUGAAAUAUGUGAAGAAAAAGAUAGAACUAUUCAUGAAAGAGAUGCAACUAUGAAAGAGAUGUUGCUUGCAUUAGAAAAUAAAUCCUCUGAAAUUGAAAGCUUGAAUCGGAGAAUUGCUGAUUAUGAAAGCAUGGUGCAAUCUAAAGGAAGUCAUGUAAAGCAAUUACACAUGAAACUUGAAGAAAAAAAUAAAGUAAUUGAAGCAAAAGAAGAACACCUGAAAGAGAUGGAUAAAAAGGGGAAAGAAUGGAUUGAACAUAAUAACUUAUUGAAAAAUUCGUUAAGCAAAAUAACGGAAGAACUUAACUCAAUGCACUCUGAAUAUGAAGAAAUGAAAUCUGUACUAGAAAAACAAAACUCUGACUUACUUUCAAAUCUUUCGAAUGCUCGUGAGGAAAUUAAUAGUUUAAAACAAUUAUUGGAGAAUCUUCAAUCUCAAAUUAAUGAAAAGGAAAAUCUGUAUCAAAAUGUAAUGAAAGAAAAAUCAAUUCUUGAAGAAAAAACAACAGAGAUGUCAGAUGUAACAAACAAAAUGCAGAAAGAUUUGGAGAUUGCUUCAACAUCAUUGCAUAGUUAUAAGAGUCAAUGUGAAGAAUUUUCAGAACAGCUCCGAUUAAUGAGUAAUGAUCUUCAAAAGCACAUAAGUCUGAAGCAUGGACUUCAUGAAUUCAUUUCUUUCCAUAAGCAAAAAGUAGAAAAUCUAACAGAUGCAAAUAAGCUACUUAGAAAUAACAUUAUUUCAUUGCAAAACAGCUAUUCAGUUGAAACUUCAAGGAUGGGUGAAGAAAUAAUGUCUCGUGUGCGAGAUGCUGAAUUACUGAUAACAGUUAUUCAGGCUGACAACUCCAAACUCUCUGAGCAGCGUGAUUCUUUGCAAAACGUUGUAAAUGAUAAUUAUGCACUAAUUGAUGCUCAGAAGAAUGAAAUCAAUUUGUUACAAGAAGAAAAAGUAAGUCUUGAAAAUGAGAGUGCAAAUUGUAAAAAGCAAAUAAAGUUGCUGGAAGGUAAAUUAAAAACUGUUGAAGAGGAACUAAACAUAUCUAAUAUGAAACUUUCAGGUGAAAAAUCGGAAAUGGAAGAAAUGCUACAUAAAACUCUUGCUGAAAAUAAAACACUUUCAGAUGCCAUUUCUGAAUCACAAGAGAAAAUUGAAUCAAUGACAGAAUCAAGUAAACUCCUAAAAAAUAAAGUGGCUGAAAAAGAAGAGCUAAUAUCCCAGCUGAAAAUUCAUUUGCAAUCUCAGCAAGAAGAUACUCAAAAAUUGCAAGAUUUGUUGUCCAAAAAAGAAGUGGAAAAUAGCUCUAUUGAAACUAAAUUUAUGUAUUUAAGCCAGUGUAGGCAGCAUUAUUGUUCUCUUAUAAACUUGCUUAAAGCAUCAUUUCAAACUGACAUCGAUACAUCAUUGCUAGAAAGUGAUCAGCCAAAUGAUUCUUCUUUAGAGAACUUUGAACGAUGUUCAAAAGAAAUAUUUCAACGUAGCUCAGCCUGUUUAUUAGAAAACCAAAAUAGCAUCACUUUUCUUAAAGAAGAUUUAAAAAAAUUGAAAGAGGAGAAUUCUUCGUUAUUAAAUAGUUACAUCACUCAAAAGGAAAACAUUGCAAACUUAGUGUCUGAAAUAAGUGAAAAUAUGAACAACAUGGAUUCUAAAUUUAAUUUAAUGGUAUCUUCUCUUAGUGAAAAAGAAAGCAGUGUAACUCACAUGAACUCAAAAGUUGAUUCAUUUAAGCUUAAAUUUAAAGCAUCGAAGGACAUUUUAAGUGAUUUAGCUUUAUCCCUUUGUAAUUUAAACAGGAAAGCUUGCAAUCAAAUUGAAAAUAUGUAUACUUUCUUCGACUCUGAUACACUUAUGAAAUUUGAUUUUAAAGAGAAAUUACUUCACUUGCGUGAAAUGUCAGCUAUUGAGGAUAAAGAUUUAAAAACUAUUGAUGUCAUAUGUUCUUCCACCAUUAAUGAGUAUUUUAAGUUAACUGAUCAUCUAAAUGACUUGCUUGUCGAUAAAAAUGACUGUAUUGAUAAAAUUCACAAAGAAAAAACAAUGCUUCAGGAAGAUUGUGAUACUCUUAAAGCAAAAUUAACUGACUCCCUUGCAUCUGAAGCAUCUCUUAAAAAAGAUUUUGAGUCAAUGAAAUGUCAAUUAGAACAAUUUUCCCAUGAACAGACCAUCUACUCAGACUCAAGUAAUUUGAAAUUUAAAGAACUUGAAAGAGAAGCAGAAAUGCAUAAAAACAAAUAUCAUGAGCUUCAAGAAAAUAUUAAUUCUCUUGUAGAACAAAUUGAACAUUACAAGCAGCUUAUCCAAGAAAAUACAAAUGAAAAAGCUUUACUCGAAAAUUAUCUUGAUCAAUUGAAAGUUGAAGUGAAUGAAUUAACUAUCGGAAAAGCUGAAUUUCAAAUGUCUAUAAAAGAAAAAGAUAUUUUGAUUAGUCAGCUCGGGGAAAAAAUUGAUUCUUUAGCAAAUGAGUGUACUGAUGUCUCAUCCAAGUAUCAAGAAGUGACUGAGGAACUUAAAUAUACUUCAACAAAAUUAGAACUUGAAUCCACUGAAAAAAUGCAAGUAAUUGACAAACUAUCAUCUUUAGAGAAGGCUAAUAACUAUUUGAAAUCGGCUGUAAAGGAAAUUAGAUACUAUUUUACUGAAAGCAAAGAAUUUAACAUAACAUCCUUAGCUGAUUUAUUAGAUGAGGAUAGUGUAAAAAUUCUCUCUGAUCUGCAUUCAUGUCUAAGCCUGGAAAAAUCUUGCUUGACAGAAAAUAAGAUUUUAGAAAACCAAAUCGCUUCUUUAGAAUCAGAAAACAGAAAAAUCUCAGAGGAAUUAGAAGUAUUAUUAAAAGAAAGGAACUCUCUGAAAUCCAAUGAAGCAGAAAAUGAAUCUAUGAACAAAAUCAUCCCAGUUGUUGAAACUCCAAUGGAACAAAAGCUUGAAUCAAACCUGAUUCAACAAGCCUCCUCUUCUGUACCAGAGGCCACCUUAAAAUCCCUCGAAGAACAAAAUAAGUCUUUAAAAGACGAGUUACUAGAAUAUAAGAAGAAGUUUGCAAAAUUGCUAAGUAAAUUGAAGCAUUUUAAAGAUGAAAAAGAAAAACUGAAUGAAAAACUAAAAGUAUCAGAAAUAGCUAAAUCAGAAUUUGAAGAUAUUAAUGCCAAAAAUCUAGAUAAAAUUAACUUUCUUGAAGAAAAGAUUGCAUUGCAAGGGAACGAAAAAAUUACCUAUAUGACUCAAAUGCAAUCACUGGUAGAGCAAAACAAGUUUGAUGUAGGUACUUUAAAUUCUGCUAUUUCUGAAAUGAAGGAGCGCUAUUCUAUUUUAGAGAAAGACUAUUUCAAAGCACAGCAUGAUUUGCAAGAAUACAAGCAAAUUUGGGAGCAAACCAAUGUUUCUUAUGAACUUUUAAAAGAAGACAGUGAGCGUCUGAAAUUAAUGGUAAAAAAUCUAAAUGAACAACUUGAGAGUGCAAAUUCAGUUAUAUCUGAUUUGAAUCUUCAAAUUGGGGAACUCAAAACAGAGAAUCUCCAUUUAGAGAAUGAAGCUGAGAACCUAAGAGUGCAUGCCAACAUGCUUCUAUCUGAUAAUGAUGCAUUUCAGAGUUGUAUUGAAAAGCUUAAAACGAGCAAGAACUCUUUAGAGAAACGAAUAAUAGAAAUGAAAGAAAAGCAUGAUUCAGAUCUGACUGCUAUAGAAAAGGAUUAUGAUACAAAAUUGAAAAACAUUUGUCCUGAUGAAAGCAAAACUGUUGAGGCAGAAGCACGUGCUAUUAAAAUAGAAAAUGAGUGUGUCACUUUGAGGUCUCAAUGCACAGAUUUACAACUGCGUCUUGAAACCCUCCAACUAGAAUGUGAAACUUACCAAAAGAAUUUAAAUUUAUUGGAAAAAGAGAAGACUUAUUUCCAACAUCAACUUUCUGAAAAGUCGUCUGAACUGCAGAAAGUCAAAAUCAACUUAAAUGAUGCAUUGAGUAGAGCUAAAUCCGAUCUUCCUCCAAAUAACGAAUUAUCACAAACUAGUAAAGGAUCUCAAAAUCUAUUGCAAGAAGAAAACAACCAGAUAAAGUUGCAGUUAAAUACCCUCAUUGAAGAGUUAAAUUUUACAAAGGAGAUGAACACAUUUUUGCAACAGGAAUAUGCCUCUAAAGAAUCUUUAUUCAAUGAGAAAAUUAUUAAGCUUGAGCAACAACUGCAACAAAUGCAGUCUUCACCUACUCAGUCAGUUGGUAGAAUGAGUCAACCUAAUGUAAGGCAUUUGGAGAAUGAGCUCCAGCAGGCUAUGAACAGUCUGCACAAUCAGGGCUUAAGAUGUGAAGAAUUAAGCUUGGAAGUUAGCAAGCUAUUGGAAGAAAGGAACAUCUUACAAUGGAAAGUACAACAGUAUAUGCAGUUGAAUCCUGGUGUUACAAUUGACCAGGAUAGCUUAACUUCUACAUCAGAUCUUCAAUCAAUAAAGGUUGAAUCAACUGUUCCUGAUAAGCAGUUAGCAGCUCUCCAUGAAAGUAGAUUAAUGGAAAGUGAAAGAACAUGCCAGGAGUUACGGAAAGCAAAUGAUGCCCUCGAUAGAGCUCUGAUCAAUGAAAGAGAUCAAAAGAGAAGAAUUGAAGAGGAAUUAGAUUUAGCUAAAGAACACAUUACUGAGGAAACUAGACCAUCUGACGAAUAUCGCAUUUUAUUGGGAGAUGUUGCUGAACCAGAAAUGCUUGCUGAAACUAACUAUUUAAUUAGUCGAAAUGUAAGGACACAUGCUGAUAAAUUCCGUAGGUGGAUAAGGGGCAGAAAAAAUUUUAUUUGGAGAACAGUAAAGAGUCGAAACUAUCCACAACUGAUAUAUUUGUUUUAUAUUGUUUUUAUUCAUAUUUGGCUUUUAAGUUGUGUUUUUAGCUAGUUUUUUUAGUACUAUAGUUAACUAUUUAAACAUAUAUUUUUAUAUACUAUAGUUGCACAAAUACUCACCAAUAUUUGGACAAAGGAAAAUUGUGUUUUUAUCACUAUUUUAAUCACAUUUGCAUUUGUUUUUUUACAUAUUUGAUCUAUGAUGUUAUUUUUUAAAUGGUAUUGAACAAUGAUUUUAUUAUUCAUACUGACAAAUAACUGUUUCUUUGUUUAAAUAGUAAUUUUUAUUCCAUACAGUUAUUUGUUUGUGACCACAAUAGAUAUUCUGGAAACAGUGAAGAGAUUCAACUGGGAGUUUGGUACCUGUUCUAAAAUCUGAUAAUUUAUUUAAAAAUUAAUUUAUUUAAAAAUUAAUUUAUUAAAAAAUAAACUAGUAAAAUUAAUUUAUCAUCUUGAAAAUUUCAGUCUCAAAAAUUUGAUACAUUUUUCUAAACAAAAUCAUUAUUCCGAAAUAAAUAAAUAUCUUUUUUUCACUCUGUUUUUACACCCCCUGAAACAACCCCCAAAAAGUUUUCUUUAAGUGAGCAGAUUUACAAAUGGUUUUAAUUAAGCCCAGUCACUGCCUGGAGAUGUACUUUAGGUAAUAGUUCAUAAUUAACAAUACAAAAAAGCAUUAAUUUUAGUUUUUUUUGUGCAAAUUUUUCUAGAAAGACUUUAUUUUAUUCAAGUCUUGAUUUUUUUUCAAAUAAAAUAAAGAAAAAGGAUUUAAUAUAUUUUUUUGUAAAUAAAUUAUGUACAUAUAUAUGAAUUAGUGAGCCAUAAAUUACUGUGUUGUUGAAAUAUGAUGUAUAUUUUUGUAUAGUUAUAUGUGCCAGUUAUAUAAAAAUUUAUUUGUCACAAUUUUUUUUUCAAUUCAAAAUUAAUAAUUGCAUUUGUUUUACGCUAUUGUAUUUUUUUCUAUGUCAGGAACAUUGUUAUACGACCUAAACUAAUUGCUUACAUUUUUUUUAAUAAGUUUGCAAAAUAUUUGAAUAAGAAUUUUUGGUCAUUAUAUUAUUUAUUUUUAUAUUUGCUUCUUAUCUCAUAAAUGUUUUUGUUUUUUAUUGAAAGUCAUUUGUUGAUUGCUUCUUGUUACAAAAUUGAUGCUAAUCCAAAUUACAAUGCAUAAAAUGUAUUAGCAUCUCAGAAAAUAAAGGAUUAAUAAAUAGGCCAUAAAUUGAGGCAGAAAAAAUAAGUUAUAAAAUCUUUUAGUUAUAUUGUUCUUUCAUCUUCCUGAUGGUAUAUGUAUAUCGAAUUCGAAGUAUAAGUACUAUUCUUUGUGUACAGAUAGUGAAAAAUUUUAUUAAUUAUUAUUAUUUAUUUUAAACUUUCAUUGAUUUUUAAUGGUACUGUUAUACAACUUGUCAAAAGUAAAAAAUUAGGUUUUUCUUAUUCAAAAAGCUAGAGAUAAUAAAUUACAAUAAAACCUUAAGAUAACUGGCAUUUUUAUUCUGACUUAUUUCUGGUUGCAUAUUUGUAAAUACUGUUACACUUUUAGCUAAAAUUCAAAAGAAAAAAAAGAAUAUAUUAUCAUUUCAUGUUAAAAUAGUUCCUAUUCCUACCAUUUCAUUUUAAUUCAGUUAUAUUUCUCUAAAAUUAUCAAAUUAAAUUUUGAGUUAUUUAACAAUGUAUCUUUUAAGUAUAAUGUAUUAUAAAGAUUAUAUUCUACUCUAUCAAGUAUGAUUUUAAAAAGUAAUAUUUUUAUUUAACAUUUAAAAUAUGUGGCAUGAUUGUUGAUAUUUAAAACGCAUAUAUAAUGGCAGCUCUUCACUGAUGAUGAUGUUGUUAUGAUAUUAAUGCUUUUUUUGUUUCGAUGGAAAUUGUAUGCAUUUUAAUUUUACAGCAGCUUUAAAUGUUUUGCUCACGUCAAACUGUGAUGAACUUAAACUGGCAAAAAUUGUGAUCCCAUAUUUAAUUGCUUGGAGACUAAUAAAGUAUCUGUUUUGA